AUGGCUGAGCAAAGCGAAGUUCCAGAUAAUAUAAAACGAAUAAGGACGCGCAUAGUUCUUGAAUCGGAUAUCGUUAAAAACACUGCUGCAACAAACUUUCCUAAUACUUAUCCCGGCAUUGACGACUCAUGGAGACAUGAAGACUUUUGUCGGGUACCUACGAUGGCGAUUGAGCAUGUCUUUGUUUUCAAUAAUACAUCGAUUAUAGCAGACGAAGUGUUGGCUCAUCGUCUUGGCCUCAUUCCAAUAUACGCGGAUCCUGGAAAGUUUGACAUUAAGAAGCCUGGUGACAAUGCGACAGAUGCAAAUACCCUUGUAUUCCAAUUAAAGAUUAGUUGUGAACAGAAACCUGAUGCACGGCCAGACGAAACUGAUCCAAAUAAAAGGUUCAUAAAUGCUAGCGUAUAUUCUGGGGAUCUACUAUGGAUUCCACAAGGAGAUCAAGCAAGCAGAUUUACAGAUGAUAAUGCAAUCAGACCCGUUGUAGAAGACAUAUUGCUUGCAAAAUUGCGGCCAGGGCAGGUAAUAGAUUUGGAAUGUCAUGCUAUAAAAGGAAUAGCCAAGGAACAUGCCAAAUGGUCACCAGUGGCAACCGCAUCAUAUCGUCUUCUACCAGAGAUCACUAUUAAACAAGAGAUAGUAGGUGACCUAGCUGAUAAAUUUGCAGCAUGUUUUGCUCCCGGUGUCGUAGAAGUCAAAAAGGAGAAAGGAGUAAAACGUGCAAAAAUAGUCAAUCCACGUCGAGAUACAGUCAGUCGGGAAGUUCUAAGACACAAGGAAUUUCAGGACAUUGUUCAAUUAUCCCGUGUUCGAGAUCAUUUUAUUUUCAAUGUAGAGUCAAUCGGCAUUCUUCCACCAGAAAAACUUUUCAUGCACUCGGUAGAGAUUUUGGUAGAGAAAUGCGUACUACUUAGAGAAGCGCUAGAGCGCAAGAUUGAAGAUUCCAUGCAAGAAUAA